AUGGUUGAUUGGACUGGUUCAUUAGUCUCUGCCGUUCUGCAAGUGCUGUUCGACAGGAUAGCACGUCGUGAGCUCAUAGACUUCUUCCGUGUCAACCAUCUUAAUCAGUCACUUCUUGAGAAGCUCAAGAUGCUGUUGCUAUCUGUCACUGCGGUCCUCGACGAUGCCGAGGAGAAACAGCUUACUGAUCAAUUGGUGAAGGAAUGGGUUGAUAGGCUCAAAAAUGCUGUCUUUGAUGCUGAUGAUCUCUUGGACGAGAUUGCCACUAAAUCCUUGCAAGAAAUUAUGGAACCUGGAUCUCGUACCACCUUGGAUCAGGUUAGAGACUAUGCCUCUUCUCUCAAUCCUUUUGCUGAAAGAGUUAAGUCAAAAGUUGAGAGGAUUGUUGAGAGGUUGAAGUCUAUAAUAGAGCAUAAAGAUCUUCUUGGUCUUAAGGAAGGUGGUGUUGGUGUUAAUAAAAACAAACCACUUUCAUUAGCUUUACCCACAACUUCGUUGGUGGAUGAACAAAGAGUGUAUGGCAGAAAUGAUGAGAAGGAGAAGAUUAUUGAUUCUCUGCUUUCAGGGGAGUUGUUGCAUGGUGGAAUAGAAGGGGUUCCUGUAGUGGCAAUUGUGGGAAUGGCAGGAGUAGGUAAGACUACUCUUGCUCAGAUUCUGUACAAUGACAUAAGGGUGAGGAACCAUUUUCAUUUAAGAUCAUGGGCCUCUAUUUCAGAGGCAUCUGGUGUGUAUGAAAUAACCAAGAAGAUUUUCGAGUCCUGUGCUCCCAAAUAUUCCAACAUCAUAGACUUGAAUGUGCUGCAAGUCAAGCUUCAGGAUAUAUUGGCAAGACACAGGUUUCUGCUUGUUUUGGAUGGCUUUUCGAGCAUAAACUCUCUCGAGUGGGACAUGCUCCGAAGGCCAUUUCAAUCUGGGAAAAGCUGGGAAAGUAGAAUUAUUGUCACCACGCAUAGUCAAAGUGUUGCAAUGGCAAUUCAAGCCUUCUUAACUCAUUCCCUCUCCCCUCUUUCUCAUGAGGAUACUUGGAAGUUAUUCUCAGGUUGUUCCUUCAAACAUGGGAACCCGGAUGAGUAUCCUAUCCUAACAAGAAUUGGCAAGGAAAUUGUGAGAAAAUGCAAUGGUCUCCCUCUGGCUGCAAAAGUACUAGGAAGUCUUGUACGUUCCAAAGAGGAUGUUGAAGAAUGGGAAAGUGUAUCCCAGAGUCACAUAUGGGAGUUACCAAGUGGUAGGAGCAGCAUUCUUCCUGCUUUGAUAUUAAGCUAUUGCCAUUUGCCUCCGCUGUUAAAGCGAUGCUUUGCUUAUUGUUCCGUGUUUCCUAAAGGCCAUGAAAUCAAAAAGUGGGACUUGAUCUAUCUAUGGAUGGCUGAAGGUAUUCUGCCACAACCAGACACAGAGAAGAGAAUGGAAGAUAUAGGAGUUGAGUGCUUUCAAGAGUUGCAUUUUAGGUCAUUUUUUCAUGAGUCAACUCUUGACAAAUCACACUUUAUGAUGCAUGAUCUUAUCAGCGACUUAGCUCAGUUUGUUGCAGGCGAUUUUUGUUACAUGCUAGGAGAUAACAAUACAAGAAAGAUUAAGAACUGGGCUCGCCAUUUAUCCUUUUCGCAGGACAAAUAUGAAGCUCUUGACAACUUGGAUUCCUUCACAGAAUGCCAACAACUGAGAACCUUCCUCCCAUUUAGAUCCUCAAAAUCUGGAAGCAAAUAUGCAUUUACUAGAAUGGUUCAAGAUCUCUUGGAAAAACAAAAUCCCCUGCGUGUGCUCUCUCUGUCCUAUUAUGAAAUUACCAAGUUUCCUGUUUCAAUUGGGAACUCAUUACAUCUAAGGUACCUGAAUCUUGCUAACACCACAAUUGAGUGUUUGCCUCCUGAUGUCUGUAGCUGGUAUAACUUGGAAACACUUAUUUUAUCAGGAUGUCGCCGUCUCAGUAAGUUACCAGAAAACAUGUUCAAACUCAUCAAUCUGCGCCAUCUUGAUAUUAGUGGAAGCAAAGUUAUGGAGAUGCCGGCAGAGUUUGGUAGACUGAAUUCCCUUCAAGUGUUGACUGAUUUCAUUGUAAGCAAUGGAAGGGGGUCCAAAAUUAGUGAGCUUGGGAGCCUUUUAGAGCUUCGUGGAGCGCUUUCGAUAGGGAACCUGCAGAAUGUGGCUGAUGCAAUAGAAGCUUCCAAUGCAAGGUUGAGGAGCAAGAAAUACCUUCAUGAGUUAGAAUUCAAAUGGACAACUACAGCUCAUAAUGUGAACAGUGAAACUGCAGUACUCAAUAUGUUGGUGCCACAUCAAAAUGUGAAGAGGCUAAAAAUUCAAAAUUUUGGAGGUAGCAUGUUGCCAAAUUGGUUGGGGAGCUCUGCAUUUUCUAGGAUGGUGGUUCUGCAGCUUGUGGAUUGUAAAACAUGCUUGUCACUGCCAUCACUUGGACAAUUACCCUCCCUUGAGAAACUCUCUAUAGCAAAAAUGAGAGGUCUGCAGAGGAUAGGUCCAGAGUUUUAUGGCUAUGUAACUGAGCCAUUCAAAACCUUGAAGAUAUUAAAGUUUGAAGACAUGCCUAACUGGGAAGAGUGGUCAUCCAGCAAACCCGGACAAGCUGCGAGAUUCCCUUCACUCGAAGAGCUACACAUAACUAGAUGUCCAAAAUUUACUGGAAAGUUACCUGAUCAACUUCCUUCCCUGGUUAAAUUAGUGAUCACUACAUGCCAAUCUUGGAAUGGCAGGUGCAUUAGAUUCUCUAGUAUGGUAGUCUUACAGCUUGUGGAUUGUGAAAGUUGUCUGUCCCUACCAUCACUUGGACAACUUCCUUCUCUUGAGAAACUCUAUGUAUCAAAGAUGAGAGGACUACAUAAGUUGGGCCUAGAAUUCUAUGGAAGCAUAACUGAGUCAUUCAAAUCCUUGAAGAUCAUGAAGUUUGAGGACAUGCCCAACUGGGAAGAGUGGUCGACUGGCGGAGCUGAACAAGAAUCAAGAUUCCCUUCACUUGAAGAACUUGAGAUAAGCAGAUGUCCUAAACUGAUUGGAAAGUUGCCUCGUCGACUUCCUUCGCUACGAAAAUUAGUGAUCACAGCAUGCCAAGCUCUUACAAGCUCAAUGCCGUGGGUGCCGAAAUUAACAAUACUCGAGCUAACUGGUUGCGAUGCAUUGGAAUCAUUAUCGGAGAGAAUGAUGGAGGAAAAUGAAUGUCUUGAAACCAUAAUCAUAAGAAAUUGCUCAUCUCUAACCACUGUCUUUAGGGAGGGCCUCCUACCAAGUAGUCUAAGAUCACUUGAGAUCUAUGAGUGCAGGAAUUUAGAACUAUUUGUUUCUCCAAGUUCAACACACGAGUCUCACCAGUAUCCUGCUCUUAAACGAUUACACUUAAGAUUUUGCUGUAGUUCUCUCAUAUCCUUUCCAAUGUCUCUCUUCACCAACCUUGAAGAACUUCAGGUACAAGGCUGUAGCAACCUCAAGAAGAUUUCAUCUCCUCCAAAUUGCCUCCCAUAUCUUCGGAAGUUGGAACUGAAAGACUGCUCCAAACUGGUUUUGUUUCCAGAAGGAGGGUUGCCUGCUCCAAAACUCGAGUCACUUUCUAUUCGCAGCUGUACUGAGCUCUCACCUGACACUGCUUGGGGUCUACAUGCAAUGACAUCACUAACUUCUCUUUAUAUAAGUGGAAUUCCAAGUCUUACUUCUCUAGAGAACACUGGAAUUCAGUUCCUAGCAUCUCUUAGAACUCUGGAGAUUGAAGCUUGUGAUAAGCUUGCAUUUCUGCCUUUAGAUAGACUAGUCCACUCCCUUUCUCAUCUUACCAUUAGAGGAUGCUCAUUGUUAAAAGACAAGUGUGAAAGGGAUGGAGGGGAAUACAGAAGCUUGGUGUCUCUCGUUCCCUACAGAGUCAUUGAAGACUAA